CCCUUUUUCUCUUUUUUACAUUACUAUGAGCUAUGACUUUUUAAAUGAAAAAAAAAAAACAUUUCAUGAAUUAAUUGCGGUGCAUUUCGGAUGUCAGAACAGAUGUCAUAGAAUUUCCUAGAUUUGUGCUUAUGAACCGAUGUAAACAAGAAUGCGCGGACACUGAACGGAUUGUUUGUAGAUCUGGGGAUCUUAGUUUGUGGUUUGUGGGUCGCUUAGAAAGCUACUUUUCAAAAGUUUGAAUAGAUCAAGGCCUAGUCAGAGUCUAUGUCUAGAUCUAGACCCAAUACCUAUUCCAUUUUGGUCUAAUUAGGACCAUUGGUUCGUUGAAUCGAAGUUUUCAAAACGACAACAACGUUUUGACGUUUUAGUUUUGAUAGAAGGGAGUGAUAGAGUAGAUUCUUCAUAGUGAGUCUAUGACUCUUCUAAAAUUCUAGAUCUAUGGUAUGGCUAUGAUGAUGUAAAUCGCCAAGUAGGCCUAUCAGUGUUGUUCUAGAUCUAAUUCUGAUCUUAAUAAUGGCUUUCAAUAAUAAAAAUAAAUCCCGUAUACCCGUUCCUAAAGAAGAUGCCCAUCACCAAGAUACAGAAGAAGUUGAAGUUCAAGACCCAGUUCAAAGUCAUUUGAAGACUGGAAACCACGCUGCAGUAGGAAAGCCUGCUAAGGAUGUGUCGAAAAAGCAAAAGAAAACACAGCAGAGAUCAAAUCCAGUCCCCCAGCCGUCAUCCCACCACCCACUUGCCAAAGCCAUGCAAAAAAGACCCCCAGUUACAGAAGUGAAUCAAAGCUCUGAAACUUAUGCAGAUGAAAAGAUUGAAAGUGUUAGCCAAAAAUUAAGAGGCCAGUCUAAGGCUGAUUAUCUGAAACGUAAAGAAGAGAUGGAACGUCAAUUACACGAAGCAGAGGCUCAGCUUGGAACUAUGACCGAUUUACUGGAGCAGAGAGAGAAACUACUUCAAGAAGCACAAGAGGAUGCAGAGAAUAAGACUUCAGCUUUGCAAGAAAGAAUAACUGAUCAAGAAGAAAAACUCAUCCUCAAUGGGAUUGAUCCUGUGACUGGUGAAAAAACUGUGAUUGCUGAAGAAGAUAAAGAGAAGAUGGAGUCAACAAAGAAAUUCACAAAGAAACGUAUCCAGAAGAUGAGGGAGAAGCUACGACAAAUGAGUGCACAGACGGAAACUUAUCUUGUAGACAUUGAGAACACAGUCCAUUACUUGGAAAGCUUAGAGGAUGCAAGUGAAAGAGCCGGUCCCAUUUCAGAAGAGACACAGAAGCUUGUUGAUGAUGCUGGGUCUGAUGAGUUCAUUGCCAAAGUGUAUGCAGAGAAUGUACCUCCUCCUACUAAACCAGCCAAAGACCCUGCCCGCCCUAAUGAUGCUGAGAGGGAAAGCCCGUCUGGGAGAGAAAGUCCACAGGAUGAUGACGAUGGUGAUGACGACGAGAAGGAAGAGGGAUCACAAGCUGAAAAUUUGGACUCCAAAUUCUUUAUCACUAGUCGUGAGGGGGAAGCUGGUGAUACAGAGGUUUUGCAGAGCAAUCUGACAACUGAUGUGCAACAGGAAGACUCAUAGUUUAUUACGGGGAUAAUCAUUUUACAAGUCUAGAUUUGGUGUACUGAAGCUUUUUUUUGUUUUGCGAAAGCCUUUGCCUCUCAUUGUAUGGCUAGACAACUCAGAGUGUUGUGAUACUGUCCUGUUCUUUGAUAUCAAAGCCUGAAAUCUGAUCUAAAUAGUCUUGCAUGCACUUAGCGAGACAUGCACUAAGUGAACAGAUUUUUAUGUCCCAAAUUUUUUCUUACACAUUAAAUUCAUUGUAUUUAAAUCAUAUAUGCCUGUAUAGCGAAA